AUGCGCGUCUACCCUGUCUUUUACAAAAAACUCCUAGAAAGAGCACCUCUAGAUGCUGAGCUAGCAACAGAUGUAGAGCUUAAAGACGACGAGUACGAGGUCGAAGAAAUUAGGGACCUGCGGAAAGAACUAAAAGAAAAUUUAACGAACUGCAAGUUAUAG